AUUUGUGUUGUAUUUUGUGGUACGGUUGGUCGAUGAAGAGUCAAUGAAGGUCACAGUUAAUCGCUUGAAAUACCAAAUACAAAAUCCGGUGCCGGCCUUGACUGCAUAACUAAAUUACAAAAUUGAAGUGUAAGAUUGUUGCUAGCUGGGAAGUUAUACACGGAAAAGAUGAAAGUCACAUGAAAAUAUACUAGUACUUAUGUAAAGUAAAAGUUUUACUGUAAAACUGGUGAUUAUGAAAUUCUGAACUUGUAGUGAUCCAAAACCAGAUUCAUAAUAAUGGCGAGUUCAAGAGGAAAUCAGAGAGGCGGACGAAAUCGGUUUUUUAAUAAUGACAAUGGUCCCGGAAUUAUUGAAUCGCAAGUGUUUCGAAAUUCUAAUCCGAGAUAUCGAGGUGAUGACGACGAUGAAGAAGGAGUAGUUCAACAUAGCAUACCUCAAAGACAUCGAAGACAUAGACCAGUGGCACAUCAGGACGAUAAUUGGCGAAGAGGACCCGUAAAAAUACUGCAACGUCCGCCGCCUCCUUCUUCCGUUCCACCUCCUCCUUCUGGUCCACCUCCCCCUUCUAUUCCACCUCUUCAAAAGGAACCAGUAGUCACCCCAGCGGAGAGUAAUGGACCUAAUCGCCCAAGAUCAAAACCAAGGUCUAGGCCAAGAAAGAACGCUCAAGGGAAAAACGAGAAUCCAAAGAACUUACCUCAAACAUCACUAUCUCAGUCAUCUACUGGUACAGAUUCUGUCGACGACACUAAAUCACAAAAGUCAGGACAGAAUCAUCAUUCUAUACAAAGCACACAAUCCGAACCUCACACGACAACGACCGAUAAAUCCGGACCCAGUAGUAGUCAAAAUCAAGGGCCGCGUAAUCCAUUCAAUUAUGAAAUCCGCCCGGCCCCAGCGCAGGCGGCGCAGCAGAAACGAGCCCCAGCAGGAAUAUAUGUUCCUCCAAUGAACAGAUCGGAUUAUCAAGGACAAGGCCGUACCGUUAAUCAGCAAUAUCAUCAUCAACCACCACCCCCUGCGCAGAAGCCUAGUCAACAUUACAAUGAAAAUUAUGCACGAGUAUUUUAUACAAUGUUGAACAAUCCUGAACUAAAGGUUCGACGAGACCCAUUGUUUCACCAGUACGAAAAGUUAAGUCUCGCAGACCAACUUUCAGAAAUGGACGCGGCCCUCUCCCUCACACUAGAAGGGAAGCAGCUACGGUUACGAAUUCUUGACCAUAUUAGUCAUAUUUUGAAGAAAGAGUAUCCCAAUUGUAUCAUUUUCCCAUUCGGUUCAUAUCUCACCGGGAUUGGGGAUGCGACGAGCGACGUCGACCUGUAUGUCGAUGCUUUCGGUGUGAUGAAUGGACACAGGUUGCCCAAAUUCGGGUCAGGAACGCAGGAAGUUUUAGAGAGGUGUAACCAAGCCCUCCGGAGAGCAAAGUGUCCAAUUUCGUAUAAGGUGUUCUGCAAGCUGGUGAUUCCGAUCAGAGAGGCUCGCGUUCCUAUAUUGAAAAUGACGCAUUGGUCGAAUGUCAACGUGGAUUUGUCAUUUGAAAACAUAACUUCCCUCAGAAAUUCUGAAAUGAUCGCUCUCUAUAUGGAAUUGGACCCAUGUGUGAAACCGUUGAUAGUUAUCGUCAGAUAUUGGGCAAAGUUUCACUGCCUCACAGGAUCAAAUCAUAUUAAAAAUUACUGUCUCAAUUUAAUGGUGCUCGUCUUCCUUGCGAAGAAAAAUAUUGUCCCGACGGUGACAAAGUUACAAAAGUUGAGCGCAGCCGAGAGGGAACACCAACAAUCUUCUGGGAGGACGAAUGAAAAGAAAAUUUCACAAAAUACCCACAUUAUUGAUGGAUGGGAUACUAGUUUUGAAAAGAAUGUGGAAACGAUUCGACGAGAAUGUCCAGAACUCAAACAAACUAUGAUUAACGGACCAUCCCAACUUGUUGACGUUGUUUUGAAACUGUUAAAAGAAUUUUUUGAAAUGUUUGCCAGUCUGGACUUUAAUACGUCCGUCAUUUGUACCAACACGUCAGAAUUCCUCCCCUCCCAUCUAUUCGUUGCAGGAAACGAGGAAGAACUAUCUGAUGACUUUGAGAAAUAUAAAGACUGGGCCUUUCAACAAUCUUCAAAUAAACGCUUAAACAUCCGACGUCCGAUGUGUGUUCAGGAUCCGUUCAUUCUCGGAUUCAAUGUUGGAGGUGUCACACCUUUCGGGACACUCUUAAAAUUUCAAGUAGCAUGUCAAUCGACUAUUACGAUUCUAGAGGGAGGAAUCACUUCUCUGCUCCAACUUUUCGUUCCACUUCCGAGAGAAGUUGGAGACAGAAAAUUUUUAAGUAUGCAAGACAAGCAGCGAAUGACAAUCAAGUUGAAAAACGACGUUAGCCAUUUCCUACAGUUUGGCGAAUUUAUGUCCGGCCCUCAAGCAGAAGAAGAACAGAUGUCGGAAGAGGCACUGGGAUUGCAUCGGCUUUCUGUAAAAGAACUUAUCGACAAGAACACAAUCCGUUUAGGGAGGGGCUGGGAAACUCUUAUGUUACUUCAACCAUCCGAUUCCUUCCAAGCCCUAUUCGUACAGAUGAUGCUGCAAAACGAAAUGCAAAAAACAAUCAGUCCCUCGACCUUAUUUUCUAAGCUAAAGCUUUUAUGGCUGUCGAUUGUUGACGAUUUCUUCAAGGAGUUUUGGACCGAGUGCUUUCUGCUAAGUAUUGUCAGCAAGGAGGAGCGAAUCCAACUCAAACGACUUUUUGCUGAUCCACCUUUUGUAGUCAGAACUCGCAAAAACUACGAAGGAAUGUUUGUUCCCCAAAAGCCGAGAAAUAAAAGGGGUGGUGGAAGAGGACAGUCAAGUGCUGCAGAAACAAUUACAAACUUUUCUCAAAUACAAUCUGACAAGAUGCGAGAGAAAUUGGUCAGCUUGGGUGAGAUUGAGGAGAAGAUAUGUUGCCAAAAGCUUACUUGUACCACAUCAAUUCCCGUAUGGAGGAAACGCAAUCAAAUUUACAAGGAUAUCACCUAUAAUUUAAAACCCAGUGACAACAAGAAGGAUGAAACCCACUCCAAAUCUAGGAUGAAGCGGAAAUUAAAAAAAUUAUCCUCUAAUUUUGCGAAUGACGACCCUCUAUGGAUUCAAAAAAGAGUGACAUCCGCCGUUCUAGAGAAUUUGGGGCUGACAUUAGCAGACCUCAAGAACGAGUCUUCCGACCCGAUAUUGUCAUUCACCAUAUUUAUUAAGAGCGAUUGUACUUUGGUUGAUGAUAUCCCGACUAUUUCUCUCGUUUUCGAAAUGGCAGGAGAUACUCACAAGGACAUUUAUGCCCAAGGUGUCUCCACCAUCGUUGAAACCAUUAACGAAAUCUUUGAAUCUUACACAAUGUACAAAUUAAACAAGUGGUUAAAUGAAGAUACUAAUGACAAUGAAAACGGUCCUUCUCAUGCUGAUAACAAUGACGACGAUGAUGACGAUUUUGAUUCUCUGAUGCCCCCAACGUCCUCCAGUUCAUCAGAGUCUUCACCUACCUCACCACCCCCAAUGGACGACUUUGAAUCUAGCAUCGUUACUGGAGAAUGGGACAAGUGAUUGACUUUCAUCGAGCUGGUUUACAAUGUGACAAUACUAAUGUAAGGAAACCUCUCUACACUCUACUGCCAACUCUAGUUUGCUCGAUAAAUACGAAUUCGUGAUACUAUGUCUCGUGUCAAAUUUAUGUCAAAAUGCAAUAAAUGUAAUACUAAUAAUUUAGUAAUUUAAGCGCGUGAAUAAUAGUAAUCAACGAAACUUAGCCUGACGACAAUUAUACGACUUUUAAAUACUUGGAAAACGGAAUAUGUAUCAACGGGAAGAUUAAGAUUUAGAGUAUGUAGUUCACUUACGUAAAUGGCUAUCUUUAUUAUUUGUUAAUGAAUUAAAUUAAAUUAAAUGAAUGUGUAGUCUGACCAUCCCAAAAACUAAAAUGUAUGUACAAUUAGCAAACAUUAAUUUGUGUAACGCAGUUGAGGUAAAUGCAUUUGAAUGAAUUGGGCAUUACAUAAAUAAAUUAAUGAAUUCUUUACUUUCUCAACAUACAAAAAAAA